CGUGCUGCAAUGGCUUCAGCAGGAGAUGCUCGGCUCAUGAAGUCGACCAAAUUCCCUGCCGAGUUUAGCCAGAAGGUUGACAUGCAAAAGGUCAAUCUCCAGGUUAUAAAAAAGUUUGUCACUGGGUCCCCAUACGAUGUUGUGAUCGAGCUGUGUUUCAAUUUGAUCGAGGGACCUAGACACCCCGACAUCAAAUCGCUUCAGAUACAGCUUACGGGAUUUUUGGAUAAAGAGACUGCGCCAUUCUGCAAGGAGCUAUGGAAAUUGCUGUUAAGCGCUCAAGGCAACCCGCAGGGCGUACCCAAAGAGCUGCUAGAGGCCAAGAAACUUGAGCUGAUGCAGGAAAAGAUUGAGGCAGAUAAAGCUGCUGAAACUGCCAGAAAGCGCCGCGAAGACUCCGACCGUCGUGACCGAGAAGUUACAGAGUUGAAAGAUCGAGAUCGCCGAGACCGAGCAAACGACAGGGGCGGUCGACCGGGCCGCCGUGGAGAUCGAGCUUCCGAGGGCCGUGGGAGAGGAGGUCAUGGUUGGAAUGCAAACAGAUCACGUUCUCCCGAAACUCGACACCGUGCUUCCGGGGACUCGUAUCGUCGGGAUAGCUAUGUGCCUCCAAAUCGCAGCGGCCGGGGGCGCGAUCGUGGCUGGGCGCGACGGCGAAGCCGCUCGCCAUCUGAGUCAGCGUCUGAGCGAUCGCGUUCUCGAAGCAGCAGCAUGUCUCGCAGCGACCGGGGCUCAAGAAGUCCUCCACGGCGCAAAGGCGGCCCCGGUCGUUACAGAGAUUCAAGAAAAAGAUCUAGGUCCCCUCGCGGAGAUGCUUAUCGACCAAGACGGCAAUCGCGCAACGGUAGAGAUCGUCGUGACGCUCGAAAUCGACGCUCAGCUUCCUCAGAGCGCGCCUCACCUCCACCAAAGCGAAGACGGCAGUCUGCCUCCAGGAGUCGGUCAGUCGAGCGACGAAGACGUUACUCGGCGACUCCAUCCUCUCGUUCGCGGAGUCCUUCGGAAGCGCGUAGCCGCAGUCCGGUCCGUCGACGCAAUCGAUCCAUGGAUAGCCCCCGGUCAAACUCGCCUCCAAAGCGCCGACGAGAACGCCGAAGAGGUGGCGGCGCUCAUGAGUCUGGGUCGGAUAAUGACAACGGACGCCGCCGCCGUAAUAAUCGUCGCCGUAACGAUAAUGAAGCCUCAGCAAAGGGCAAGGAAUCUGAAAGGCUGAGACGCAAUAGCUCUUCUGCGCCCUCGUCUCCGUCAAAUCAUGGCAAGCUAGCUGAUACUUUGGAAGAUGAAUCACGUGCUCCGAACCCUUAGCUACCCCUAAACAGCUAUUGACAGCUCGAGAUCAUCAAACGAUAUAAAGCUCACUACUCCAAAGACAGCCGUGCCAGAGAGUUUUCCCAAGUGAGCUCUUGUAAAGAGAGAUUAAGCAGAUGAGAACCUUUGAUACUGGCAUAGAACAACAGCUGAGGCUAACUGCUGCUAAAGCACCCGUCUCCAGAAAAAGAAGAAGAAAAUGGCACUCAUACUUGCUUAGCAAGCAUGAAUGAGCCGAAAAGAACCUGGUUAGCUCUACCAAAGUACACGUUGGAAAGAAAAAGCGAUGCCUGUUUGUAACUGCACCUGGACCAGUAUUAAUAAGUAGUAGCCCUCUAC